AUGGCGUCUCCGUUCUCGGCCGCGUCUUCGCCGACCUCUCGUCGCGGCGACCGCCGCGAGACGUCCUUUUCGUCUGCGUUCGAGGCUUCUCCGCGUCCCGCUCUGAACUUUGCGCUCUCCGCCAGCGCGCUGUACGCAGCCUCGUCGCUCCGCGCGCGCUCGCUUCUGCCUCUCACCGCUUCUUCAGCCGGCGAGGGCGAAGCGGAGAGCUCGGCGCUCAGCGCGCGGGGCGAGGGCGACGGGCGAGAAGAGCACGGCGGCCGGCGAGGGCGCCGCGGCCGCAGCAGGCCGCCCGACGAGAGCGAAGACGCCCGCAGAGGCGGCGCCGAACGAGGCCGAGAGGCGCCGGACCCGCCUCCGUCUCUCCCUACAGAGGCCCCCGCCGCGCUGGCGCAGGCGCCGCUGCACAGCGUCGACCGCGCGUUCCUGCGCGUCCCUCUCGAGUGCGCCUUGCGCACGCUCAAGGCGAACUCGCGAAGUCUCUACAGAGACAUGGGCGUCGUGCUCGCGUACGUUCUGAAGGGCAAAAUGGCGAAGCAACUCACCACCGAGUCGCCAACGCUCGAGGACAAAAUGAAGAAGCUCGACCUGCUCAUCGAAAAACUGCGAAAAAUUCGAGACAAGGCACAGCGCGGCAGCGAGGAGUCCCGAGCCUUCUUGCUGCGCUGUCAGAUGCGCGUGCGACGCUUGGCUGAGGAGCCGGACAUCCAGCAAGUGCAUGCAAAGCCGGAUUUUUCAUUUUCGCAUUACGGAGACCGCGUCGCGUGGGUUAUCCACGAGUAUCUCGCGCGGUCUGGCAUGACAGACACAGCGGCACUCCUGAAGCAAAAGCUCGGAUUAGAGUUGUUUGCCGACGCGGAAGUCCACGAGGAGGUGCUCGAUGUGCUGAGCGGGCUGCUGCGGCAGUCGACUGCAGAGGCGCUCGCAUGGGUCAACGAACACCGCGCAAAGCUGAAAAAACUCGGAUCCCUCUUUGAGUCAGAGCUGCACGUCCAGCAUGUGCUGGAGCUGCUGAAGAAAAAAGACGCAAAGACAGCCGUCGCGUACCUCAAAGCAAACGUUGGACCUGACGACCUCAGUCGCUGCGCAGAUAUCCGCAAGGUCGUUACGCUGACCGCGCUGCUCGAAGAUCCUCCGCCUCAAUACGCGGCCCUCUUUGGGAUAGAGCGUUGGCACCGCCUCGCGUGUCUCUUUUUGCACACGAGCGCGCAGGUGUAUGGCUUUUCUGUGAAGCCGACUUUGGUUGCCCUUCUCCAAGCAGGCUUCUCAGCUCUCAAGUCUUCGGUGUGCGAGGAGCAGAAGUCGGCGAGCUGCCCCGCGUGUCUGCCGGAGUGGACCGACUACGUACAGAAGGUUCUGACGCCGCACCGCGUCCAGAGCUUCCUCAUCUGUCCUAUCAGCGGAGAAGUUAUGGAUGCCGAUAACCCUCCGCUUGCUAGCCCCGACGGGCACGUGUACUCGACCACAGCCAUUCGCGCGCUCGCCGCUGCAGCGCCCGACGGCAAGACCGUCAUCUGUCCCAAGACAAAACAAGCCUACCCCUUGGAACGAUUUAGUCGAAUAUACGUCACCUAG